AUGGCGGUGACGAGCUCUCGCUGCCUUCGGUCCACGCUGUGCUGCCUCUUCUACCUGCUGUCCUCCAUCCACGUCCCUCUCGCCGCCUCGCUCUCCUUCCACUUCAACUUCUCAGACCCCGACUCCACCUGCACCGCCCAGAAUGCAGAGCUGGCCUGCUCCGGCGACGCCUACUUCCACAGCACCGAGAACGCGAUCGAGCUGACCAAGAACGCCAUGGGCGACCGCAACAACCAAAGCGUCGGCCGGCUGACCAUCAAGUCUGGUGAGACCUUGGCCGCCGACGUCGCCUACGACAACAGCACGGAGACGCUGUCCGUCACCCUCCGGAUGAACGGGGCACCGUACCGUGUCAGCGCCAACGUCGACAUGAGGAGAAGCUUGCCCCAGAUGGUGGCCGUCGGCUUCUCCGCUGCCACCGGCAGAAACGUCGAGGCGCACCAGCUCCUGUCGUGGUCCUUCAACUCUUCUCUCGCCAUGUCACCUGGGGAAGCACCUGCACCUGUGCCCUCUCAAGCCAUCACCUCCAAAAGGCAUUCCAAGGCGCAUAGCAGCAUGAUAGCAGUAUCUGCUGCUGCAGCUGUGUUUGUGGUUAUAUGCGCUUUAAUUGGGUUUGUUCUGAGGCGGAAACUGAGGAUCUGGAAGAAAUCCAAGGAAGCAUCCGGAUCCGGCGGCGGCGGCGAACUCGACGAUGAACACGACGGCGGCGAGGCUGAGUUUGAGAAAGGCGUCGGCCCAAAGAGCUUUUUACUAUAUAUCUAG